AUGUCAACGCAGCACCCUGCACCAAAGUACAGACUUUAUCCAGCCUGGUGCUUCCAGGCAUCGCCCACCUAUAAUGACUGGGUCAGAAUGACAGCAGCCGAUGUGCAGCUGCUACGCAAGGAACCCGAAUUCACGAUCCCGCACACAUAUUACUACCUUAACCACCCUAUACGAUACAUAUAUCUCGUUGGCGUUGUCGUAGCGAUCGAUGACAUUAAUCUGAGGUACACCACACUCACGCUCGACGAUGGAAGCGGCGCCACCCUCGAGGUUAAGAUAAAGCGCCUUCUUCCGGAGAUAUACAAUCCUGUCGAUAACCCAUCAAAUACGGAGGUCGACAAUGUGAAUGUCCUUAGUGGCUUAGGACGGUUCGAUGUCACCGUGGAUGAUCAGAUUGUGGACAUUGGUAAGACCAUAAAGGUUAAAGGCAUGAUCUCUGAGUUCCGAGGCUUUAAGCAGUUGGAGCUGAAGAGAAUCUGGAUCGUAUCGGCCACAAAUGAGGAGGUCAAGUUCUGGGAGGCUCUAGCUACGUUCAAGAAAGAUGUCUUGGGCAGGCCGUGGCACCUCAGCAAAGCGCAGGGCGAGGAGAUUAAGAAAUCAACCAAGAAUGAACAGAAGAAAGCAAGAGAACACGAAAGGCAAAAGUUGGUGCACGAGGCCAAGAAGAAGGAACAACGGAAAGCGCGCGCGGAGUACCUGGCGCAGAGAGAAGCCAAGUACGAGAUACGGAGGCGAAAGGAAAAUAUUAUGAUGAACGCAGGAGCUUUGAUAUGA